GAGGUUCAAAAGGGAGAACGGGAAAGGAAACGAUAUACAAGGAGAGGGGAGGGAGGAGGGAUGGGAGAAUCGAGCGGGUCGAUCCCGGUGGAUGUUGAGAGGAUUUCCUUUGGAGGGAAGGAACAUCAUCUGUUAACAAGCCAUGGCCCUAUUUCAGUUGCUGUAUAUGGGGAUCUGGAAAAGCCUGCACUUAUUACUUAUCCGGAUGUUGCUUUAAAUCAUUUGUCGUGCUUUCAAGGAUUAUUUUUUUGCCCAGAAGCUGCUUCUUUGCUUCUUCAUAAUUUCUGCAUAUACCAUAUUAGUCCUCCAGGACAUGAGUUGGGUGCUGCUCCAUUUUCCUCAGAUGAGCCAGUGCUUUCUGUAGAUCAGUUAGCUGAUCAGGUGGCCGACGUUCUUGAUUUCUUUGGGUUAGUGUCUGCCAUGUGCUUUGGGGUCACAGCUGGUGCUUAUAUUCUUACCCUUUUUGCUAGUAAGUAUAGGGAGCGUGUCCUAGGUCUCAUACUUGUCUCACCUCUUUGUAAGGCUCCCUCGUGGUCCGAGUGGUUGUAUACUAAGGUAGUGUCAAAUUUACUAUAUUUUUAUGGAAUGUGUGGAUUAGUCAAGGAAUACUUACUCCAGCGGUACUUCAGUAAGGAAGUUCGAGGAAGUUCACAGGUUCCUGAGUCGGACAUAGUGCAAGCCUGUAAAAGUUUGUUGGAUGAGAAGCAGAGUGCAAAUGUUUGGCGUUUUCUUCAGUCGUUGAACGGGAGACAUGAUUUAACGGGAGCACUGAAGAAACUCCGGUGUCGGACUCUAAUUUUUGUGGGUGAGGACUCUCCGUUUCACUCAGAGGCCCUCCACAUGACCACAAAACUGGAUAGGAGAUACAGCGCAUUGGUUGAGGUUCAGGCAUGUGGGUCAGUGGUGACAGAAGAGCAACCCCAAGCCAUGCUGAUACCAAUGGAGUACUUCCUCAUGGGGUACGGUUUGUACCGACCAAGCCAGCUGAGCUACAGCCCACCAAGUCCUCUUAAUCCAUUGUGCAUCUCUCCAGAAUUGCUCUCGCCAGAGAGCAUGGGACUGAAGCUAAAGCCCAUCAAGACUCGAAUAUCCCUUGAAGUCUGAGAAGUUCAUUCAAUUUCAUCGCCGAUGAAUGUUGCAAUGCCAAAAUCAAUUUUGCGUGUAAAACUUCGAGAUAUACUCCUUACAUGUAAAUUUUUUCUUUCUUUGGAGAUUUUAGUGCAACAGCAGGUUAAUGAUCUGUAGAUAUUAUCACGAAGUGGGAUAAACUAAGUGCUGGAUUGUGCUACAUUCUUUUGUACUCAAAUAACUUAUAUAAAUUCAAUUUUUUGUGGUGAUGAAA